CUUACAUUCUAAUAUAACUGACAUGUAUAAAUUAUAGAGUAUGCAAUGGGCAGUAAAGCAUCUACACAAGGAGAUGUUUACAGCUAUGGAAUCCUUCUACUGCAGAUGAUCACCGGAAAGGGGCCAACUGAUGACAUGUUUAAGGACAAUCUAAGCCUUCAUCAUUUUGCUAAGUUGGCUUUGCCUGAACAAGUAAUGGAGAUUGUUGACCCACAACUGCUCAUAGAAGAAGCUGAAGUUACUCAGCACAAUGAAAAUCAUGUCAAUAGAAGAAAUAGAAUGCAUGGCUGCUUGAUUUCAAUGGUCAAAAUUGGUGUAUUGUGCUCUGUAGAAUCUCCAAGAGAACGGAUGCGGAUGAGAGACAUUGUUGUAGAAAUGCAUGCAAUCAAGGACUUGUAUCUUGGGACUGGUAUUCACCGAGACAAACAAGUUAGGUCGCAAAUAUUAGAUGAAGGUUCAUCUUACCUUAGUCAUUAUUAAGUUAUUAUUGAUAGUUAUGUUGAGAAAGAUUUCAAUUUUUUUUAAUUUUUUUUUUGUUUGAAUAUUUUUCUAAACAACCUCUUGAUAUAUUUAGCCUUGCCAUAAGAGUGUGCUUGUAUUGAUAGUGAUUAUAUGAGAAGAUGUGCUUCUUUUUCUUUGUUUUAUCGUGUGUCGGGGAAGGGAGAUUGUAUCAUGAUUUUAAUAAGAAAAACACAUCAUCUUAUUAUUAUAAGAAUGCUAUUGGGU